AUAGAAUAUGAAUCAGAUGUAAGUUUUUAUAAUAUUAUUUUUAUGUUUUAUAGGGAUUAAUAUGUUGUUAUAGGGAAGAUUAAUAAAUUUUUAUGAUUUAUAGUGUGACAAAAUUAGAAGCAAAUUUUUGUUUUUUUAAUAAAAUCAACGCAAAAUUGAAACUAAGAGAAGACAAACAUAAUACAAACAUUAUAUUUUUAUAUAGAAAGAAGAAUGAAAACAUACUCUUUAGUAAAUAAAGACAUUGUUAAAUGUUGAAAAUGACAUAAGGAACGAAAUUCACGUAUGCUUAUUUUUUUCCUAUGACAUAAGGAGUAAUAUUUAUAUAUAUACCAUAAUUUGAACGUCUUAAUUGUCACCUUUAUUAUUUUACUUUUAAAAUAUAUUAUCCGUAAGUUUUAAUAACUCUGUGAGCUAUGAAAAGAUUUAAAGCGAGUAAAAAAAAUUGCACCAAAAAUAUAUAGUCAGAAAAAUGGAAAAGGUGAAGUUCCCUGCAAAAAAUAGAGGCUAACGAAGAUCCUAAAUCCAUUUUUUAUUUUCGAUUUAUUAAAUUCACCUUAAAAAAAUUAAGUCGAGGUUACAUGAAAAAACUAAGAAUAAAAACAAAAAAAAAAUGAUAAAUGCCGGUAUAUUUUUUUUCAAAAAAAAAUAUUAAUAAUGAGAGUCAAAAAACAGAAAUAAUAAAUGAGAGUCAAAAAAGAAAUUCAUACCUGAAAAAUAAAAUUCAGUAAUAAUAAAAAGUAAAAUAAUCUUUUACCAAAAAAAGUGAAAAGAUCUAAAAAUAAAUAUUAAUAUAAAUGUUUUGUCAAAAAAAAAAAUAUUAAAUGUUGAAGAAAUGUGCUGGCAAUUACAUCCACAGAAUCACUAUAACAUGUACUAUCAUUCUCCAAUAGUUCUUUCCUUUCCUUUCCACCAAAACCACAGCACCCCCUGUUUUACAAAUCCCCCUUUUUUUACUAUGACUCAAAACAUGGUCUUCCCAAUGCCACAUAAUAUAUAGUCAAUGACAUUUAUACCCUUUUUUCUUUCUAUCAAUAAUUUUCCAAAAACUAUGUUAACAUUAAUUUCUCAACCAAUUACACCCAACCCAUAUAAGCAAAAUUCAUGAAAAUUUUACAAAUUUCCACCCUCUCACAUCUAAUCAUAUCAAUAAAUCAUUAUAUUAAUAAAAAAAUAAAAUGGCAUUUCUGUAAAUUAUUAAAAAUACAAGGGUAAUUAUUAUUCCAAUUUCCUACAAAUAUAUCUCACACAAACAUCAUUAUUUUCAUAUGUACAAUACAACAUAGUAUACACUAUCAUAAGCUAGUAUCAAAAUCAAAACCAAAACAAUGCAUAUUGAAACAUGUCACUACAUUAAGACACUUCCAUCAACAUGGAACAUUCCAAAAAACCACCGAAUACAUCGCCACCUAUUACCACCACCAAGAUCCACUAUCAUUGCCACACCACCACCGUCGCUAAAACUAUCCAAAACACACACAAUGCCACCAGAAAAACUUGAAAUUUUCAAAUCAUUAGAAAAUUGGGCAUCUGAAUCUGUUUUACCAUUGCUUAAGCCUGUGGAACAAUGCUGGCAGCCACAGAAUUUUCUCCCGGAUCCUUCGUUGAAAUUCGAUGAAUUUACUGAUCAGGUGAAGGCCCUUCGUGAUCGUACAAAGGAUCUUCCUGAUGAGUAUUUUGUUGUGUUGGUUGGUGAUAUGGUGACGGAAGACGCACUUCCGACAUAUCAGAGUAUGAUUAAUGGUCUUGAUGGUGUUGGUGAUGAGAUUGGUUCGAGUCCAAGUCCGUGGGCUAUUUGGACACGGGCUUGGACUGCUGAAGAAAAUAGACAUGGAGAUUUGCUUAGGAGUUAUUUGUAUCUUUCUGGUCGGGUUGAUAUGGAGAAGAUUGAGAAAACUGUUCAGUACCUCAUUGGUGCUGGCAUGGACCCAGGGACAGAAAACAACCCAUACUUGGGAUUUGUAUACACAUCAUUCCAAGAGCGAGCGACAUUUGUAUCACAUGGUAACACGGCUCGCUUAGCGAAAGAAGGUGGUGAUCCCGUGCUUGCACGCAUAUGCGGUACCAUUGCGGCAGAUGAAAAGCGUCAUGAGAAUGCAUACUCAAAAAUCGUGGAGAAGCUUCUAGAAGUGGACCCUAAUGGAGCAAUGCUAGCCAUUGGUGAUAUGAUGGAGAAAAAAAUCACAAUGCCAGCACACCUUAUGUACGAUGGACAAGACCCUAAGCUAUUUGAGCACUUUGCGGCCGUUGCGCAGCGUACCGGAGUGUACACGGCCAAUGAUUAUGCUGAUAUCUUGGAGUUUUUAAUCGAACGGUGGAGAUUGGAGAAGCUGGAAGGACUAACGAGCGAGGGGAAAAAGGCGCAGGAUUUCGUGUGUGGGCUAGCGCUGAGGAUUAGGAGGCUGCAAGAGCGUGCUGAUGCACGCGCUCGUAAGAUGAAACCACAUGGGGUUAAGUUUAGUUGGAUUUUCAAUAAUGAGGUUAUUUUGUAAGUUUUUUUUCUUAUUAGUUGAGACUUUAGAUUUUCACAACAACUUAUCUUAAUACAAAACAAGGGACUUUGGGAA